UCCGAUCCCGAUUCCCCGCGCGCGUCACCAGCGAAUUAGUGCGCGAUUAAAUACGAGUUCGUAAACGGAAAGCGGACCACUCCUCUCGCUCGCGGGUCUCCACGCGAUGCGCGUAACCGACGUUCCCGACACCCUGCUCUGAGUAUCCUCGUCCCCGUAGACGCGCGAACGCGGUGAUGCUAGUCGCGCGCAGCACGCGCUGACACGACACACGGUGGAUUCGACUCUACCAGGAAAUCGCGAUUCCGAGAAAAGAUGUUGAUCUGGAUCCUCCUGUUAUUCCUGGCCUCUGGAAAUGGCCAGUUCACCCCGGACCAACCCUGGCCACCAGAGCAACCCUGGCCACCAGAACCACCGAUAGAAUCCACUCCUAGGCCUCCAUGGAAUCGUUAUGACGAUCGGGAUCAGACCACUCCCAGGGUUCCAUGGAAUCGUUACCCCGAAGAUCGGGAUCAGAAUGCAGGCUUUGGAUUUUGGAAUCCUUUAGGUCAAAAUGAGAAUGUCAUGAUUAAAGAAACCACAUACUUCAUAGUUGCAUCUCGCAUGGUCAGACCAGGUCAAGUGUACAGACUCGCCGUGAACAUUCUUCAUAGCCCACUGCCUAUGAUGGUGCGUUCAUCCAUUCAGCGAAAUGGCGUGGAAAUAGCGGCGGACCAUCAAGAAGUAAAGGAGGGCAUACCUGAGACUUUGAUGAUGCGCAUGCCACCCACUUCCGUGGGUGGUGACUACAAGUUACGCGUGGAAGGGAUGUACAACAGUCUGACCGGUGGCCAGGCCUUCCUGAAUGAGACCAAACUGAUAUUCUCGCAGCGCUCUAUGACUAUUUUCAUACAGCUGGACAAGCCCAUGUACAUGCAAGGCGAGACAGUGCGUUUCAGAACAAUCCCGAUCGACACGGAGUUGAAGGCCUACAACAAUCCCGUCGACGUAUAUAUGUUAGAUCCGAACAGAAGAAUUAUGAGAAGGUGGCUCAGCAGGCAGAGCAACCUGGGCACAGUGUCGCUGUCGUAUCAGCUUUCCGAUCAACCGGUUUUCGGCGAAUGGAUCGUGCAAGUAAUAGCGCAGAAUCAAGUGGAGGAGAAGACAUUCCUCGUGGAAGAGUACUACCAAACGCGUUUUGAGGUUAACGUCACGAUGCCGGCGUUCUUCUUUGACAACGAUCCCUACAUUUACGGUAUCAUUCAGGCGAAUUACACCUCGGGCGCGCCGGUGCGGGGUAAUCUGACUCUGAAAGCCAGUUUCAAGCCGCUAGAAAGAACGCGCAAUCCCUCAUUGGCGAUCGAACCAGUCGAGAGGUACUUCAAUUUCAACGAGUAUUAUCCAUCGUGGUUUAGGAUACUUAAUUUCUACGAGGACAGAAUACCAGUAUUGCGAUUCUUCAACGGAACGUACCACUUCCGAUAUCCUAUGCAGGAAUUACUCAGCUUUAUUCCAUCGACUGAAGGAUUGGAGGUUACCGUGGUCGCGACAGUAGGCGAGAGAUUCCUAGACGAGGUGAUCGUCGGCUACUCUACGGCAAGGAUCUUCAAUUCCACCACGAAGGUCCGUUUCUUUGGCGGUAGUCCGCAGGUGUUCAAGCCAGCGAUGCCGUUUACCUUGAACCUGGUCGCGUCCUUCCACGACAACUCGCCGCUACGACCCACGCAGCUCAGGGACGCUCUGAUGGAGGUCCGCGCGGACGUCGAGAUGCGAACUGGCGGACGUCGCAGCAUUGACACCAUAUAUCCGAGAGCGUCGCCGGAACACGCGGACGUGUGGAACGUGAAGAUGGAUCUCAGGAAGCUGCUCGGGCUGGAGCAAGACGCCGACCGCGCCAAUCAGAUUCUGAACGACGUCACCUCCAUGAGAGUCUCCGCGCAUAUCACUGACGGCGAAGGUUACAGAGCGCAGACCGAACUGUUGCUGCUCGCCCAUGAGUCUCCGAAUAUGAGGCACAUCAAGAUAUCGACAUCCACCGAGAAGCCCAAAGUCGGCGAGUACAUGGUGUUCCAUGUGCAGACUAACUUCUACAUCGAUGCCUUUAAUUAUCUUAUCAUGGCCAAAGGCAUCGUACUUCUGUCUGGCGAGGACAAUAUGCAGCACAAUAUAAAGACUUUCGCGAUUCCUCUGAGCCCGGAGAUGGCACCCGUCGCAACGGCGGUGGUGUAUUACGUGGGCCGCUAUGGCGAAGUGGUCGCAGAUUCACUGACCUUCCCGGUGAACGGCAUCUCGCGCAACAACUUUACCGUGUUCAUUAACAACAAGAAGGCAAGGACGGGCGAGCGCGUCGAGGUGGCCAUCUACGGCGAACCGGGCGCCUACGUCGCCUUGUCGGGCAUCGACCGCUCGUUCUACACUAUGCAGGCAGGCAAUGAGCUGACGUAUGCGAACGUGAUCACGAAGAUGGCGCACUUCGACGAGGAGACCAACGGCACGCACACGCACACCUGGCAGUAUCACGAUGGCGAUCCGGAUGAGUUGGUAUAUUAUCCGUCCUCCACCUUCGGUAUCGACGUUAAUCGCACGUUCGAUUACAUCGGUCUAGUCGUCUUCACGGACACUGUGUUACACCGACGGCCCGAUUUCUGCAACCGGACGCAAGGAUACGGCGAGUGCCUCACUGGUCGAUGCUACAGGCUGGAGAAAAGAUGCGACGGUAUAUUCGAUUGCGAUGACGGGUCGGACGAGGCGCGAUGCGUCGAGCGGAACGCGACUGACUUAGCACAGUUUCGCAAGUGGCGGUUCAAUCGGAUUCAAAGGCAGUACGAGAAUGUUUGGCUGUGGAAGGACAUCAAUAUCGGCCCGCAUGGCCGACAGAUCUUCAACCUGGACGUACCGCGGAGACCGGUACACUGGAUGGUCACCGUGUUCAGCAUGUCGCCCAGCAUCGGGUUCGGUAUGUUGCCGAAGGCGCUAGAAUACACCGGGGUUCUGCCGUUUUAUAUAAACGUGGAGAUGCCGACUCGCAGCAGACAAGGCGAGCAAAUUGGUAUUCGCGUGUCGGUCUUCAACUACAUGCGUUACAAUAUCGAGGCAACAGUAGUCUUGGCGGGAUCCAAAGACUACAAGUUCGUUCACGUUGAGGACGACGGCAUUGUGCAAUCGUACAAGCCGCGCACAUCUUUCGGCGAGCAUCAAUUCUUCAUCUGGAUCCCCGCUCAGGACGCCAGUAUCGUUUAUCUGCCCAUCGUGCCGGUGAGACUCGGCGACAUUAAAGUUCAUGUCUACGCGACCACGCUGAUCGGCAGGGACUCGGUGACUCGCAACCUGCAUGUCGAGGCGGAUGGGCUGCCGCAGUAUCGACAUCAAUCGAUUCUGCUGGAUCUCAGCAAUCGCGCCUACGUGUUCCAGUACAUGCACGUGAACAUCACCGAGACGCCCAUCAUAUCGUCGUAUGACGAGAAUCGUUACUACGUAUUCGGGUCUAACAAAGCGACCAUCAGCCUGGUCGGCGACGUGGUCGGGCCUAUCUUCCCGACGAUGCCGGUGAACGCAACGAGCCUUAUGAGUCUGCCGAUGGACUGCGCCGAGCAGACCAUGUUCAGCUUCGCCGCCAAUAUGUACACCACCCUGUACAUGCGCUUAAUCAAUCAGCGCAAUCGCACGCAGGAGAAGGAGAGCUUCUACUACAUGAACAUCGGCUAUCAGAGGCAGUUGUCGUUCAUGAAUCCCGACGGGUCUUUCAGCUUUUUCCGCACCGAUUGGAACCAGUCGAUGCCGAGUGUCUGGCUGACGGCGUUCUGCGCGCGAAUUUUCCAGGAGGCCAGCUUCUACGAGUGGGAAAACUACUUGUACAUUGAUCCCGAGGUGAUCGCCCAGGCGGUUUCUUGGGUAUUGAAACAUCAGACACCGGAAGGCGCGUUCUACGAGGUGACCUGGCUGCCGGACCGAAAGAUGAACAGCUCCUUGAAUUACAGAAAUGAUAUAAUCGCCCAUCGAAACAUCAGUCUCACCGCUCAUGUACUCAUCACACUGGAGAGCGUCAAGGAUCUCACGGGCGGUCUAGGGUCUCAAGUGGCUCUGAGCGCGGCCAACGCUAUCAAAUGGUUAGAGAGAAAUCUGAAGCUGUUAGAAGAACGCGGUAAGCCUUACGAAAUAGCGAUAGUAGCCUAUGCACUCUUGGUGGCGAAAGCCUCGACUGCCGAGCAAGCCUUCAACAUCCUGGCGAGACACGCACGAAGAGAGGGCGGAUUGACGUACUGGGGCAGAGAACAAGUGCCGCUUCCUCCGUACAAGAUGGAGAAUCAGAAGCCCUUCCUGCUGCCGCGCUUACCCUACAAAUACGACUCGGAGAACAUCGAGACAACUGCAUACGCGCUACUCGUUCACGUCGCCCGGCAGGAGAUCAUGAUUGAGCCGAUAGUGAAGUGGUUGAACGCGCAGAGAUUAACGGACGGUGGAUGGGCCUCCACUCAGGAUACCGUUUGGGCGAUGAAGGCGCUGAUGGAGUAUACCGUCAGAUCGAGAAUCAGGGACGUCAGUGCGCUCACGGUAUCAAUAGAGGCUACCUCUUUGCCGGGGCAGACCAAGAUGUUGACCGUGAACGACAAAAAUCUAGCGAAACUUCAAACUAUUGAGAUUCCGGAAGCGUGGGGAACUGUAAAAGUGCAGGCGAAGGGUGCGGGCUAUGCUAUUCUGCAGAUGCAUGUGCAGUAUAAUGUGGAUAUAAAGAGAUUCCAAACAGAGCCGCCGAUUAAAGCUUUCGAUCUAGUCACCAGAGCGAAUUUUCAUGGCAGAAAUCAGUCUCAUAUCUCGUACCUUAGUUGUCAAAGAUGGACGAAUCUCAACGAAUCUGCGCGCUCCGGUAUGGCCGUGUUGGAUGUAGGCAUACCAACCGGCUACAUAAUUCAGCAACAAACUCUGGACAGAUACACCCUGUCGAGGCAGGUGAGGAAUCUCCAGAGAGCGCGUUUCCAAGAAAAGAAAGUGCUCUUCUACUUUGAUUAUCUGGACAGCGAAGAGACGUGCGUGAACUUCACGGUGGAACGUUGGUAUCCGGUCGCAAAUAUGUCGCGAUAUCUUUCCAUUCGCGUUUACGAUUACUAUUCGCCAGAACGUUUCAACGAAUCUAUAUUCGACGCACUGCCUACAUACACAUUAAAUAUAUGCGAAGUUUGCGGCAGUUCUCAGUGCCCCUACUGCCACAUUUACAAUGCUGCUAUGCUUGUAAGUACACCGACAGGUUUUCUACUCAUCGUAUCGCUGAUCGUCACAUUAACAAGGUACUUCCGAACGCAGCACUUCAGAGACGGCUAGCGUUAAUCGAAAGGUAAAAAACAUUCGAUCCUCAUCCGUUUCUAUUGCCAUGAUUUGUCUUUGCCUAACGGAGCACAAAUAUGGAACGAUACGAUCAUCAGAACGUAGUACAUGUUUUUACGAAUCUCAUUACUAACAAUAAGUGUCUGAAGAGCCGAUUUAAAUAAUCUUUCUUCCUCUUUUAAUUUGUUCAAAGCUGCUUACAUGGCAGCGACAAUUUUCUUUAGCUCCUUAGAAAGCUCCUUAGAAACAAUCGUCAGUUGGUAAUAGCAAUGAAUUCUCUGGGCUGUAUUCUUCUAUCUGAAGAUACUAAUGUACACAUAUAAAUAGUACUAUCCAAUCAGUUGUUUUCGUGCCUUUUUGAUUGAGAAUCAGAACGACAUGUUUAUUACAAAUUCCAGGAUUUUAGGAUCUUUAAAUAUAUGACGUACCUAGAAUUACAUAAACAACUUUGAUUCUAAAAAUAAAUGCGAUACUCACGUUAAAGAUCUUUUUUGCUACGCAAUGUGUGGCACAGGAUGUUUCGUAUUUUUAUAAAAAUCUCACGAUUUUUUCGUAUACUUAUUUUUAUAUAUUUUCGUAUUUUUAAACGACUUUAUAAUUUUUGUACGAUUACAUUUUGUCAAGAAUGAAAUAGGAACAAUUAAUAUUUUAUUGCUUACUCGAAGGCCUAUAUAAUAUAGCUAUAGAAUGUCUAGUAUUAUUUAUACUUCUGAGUUAUACGAAACGUAAAAAAACUGAUAUCAUGAGAUUGCACGAUCAAAAGUAAUUAUUUCUGAAAGUAUUAACAUAUUUUAUAUAACUUCGUGCAGUUUAUAUUAUGUCUAUAUUUUUAUUU